GCGGCCCAGCGGUGGUGGCGGCUGCUCACACGGGGACACACACAGAGACACGGGGACACACAGAGAGACACACACACAGAGACACACGGGGACACACACAGAGAGAGAGAGACACGGGGACACACACAGAGACACACGGGGACACACAGAGAGACACACACACACACAGACACACGGGGACACAGAGAGAGAGAGAGACACGGGGAGACACACAGAGACACACACACAGAGAGAGAGACACGGGGAGACACAGAGACACGGGGACACACGCAGAGACACACACAGAGACACACACAGAGAGACACACACAGAGACACGGGGACACACACAGAGACGGGGACACACACAGAGACACACGGGGACACACACAGAGACACACGGGGACACACACAGAGACACACGGGGACACACACAGAGACACACGGGGACACACACAGAGACACACAGGGACACACAGAGAGAGACACGGGGAGACACGCAGAGACACAGAGAGAGAGAGACACGGGGAGACACAGAGACACGGGGACACACACACAGAGAGAGAGACACGGGGAGACGAAGACACGGAGACAAAGACACACGGGGAGACAGAGACACAGAGAGAGACACACGCGGACACGGGGAUACACAGAGACACCCGGGGCCAGACGGAGACGGACACAGCCGCCCAGACUCGCCCAGCUGUGUGAGACGGGCGAGACCGAGACGGGGACACGCGCAGGGGAAGUGCGGCAGCGGCGCGGGGACAGAGACCCCGGGGAGCGCUCCGAGCUGCGGGGAGAGCUGCUCACUCGGCGGGGACCGGAGCGAGGGUGAGGAGGGUUCAAACACCGAACAUAAUAUGGAAGCAUCAUCGCUGGCUGUCUGAAAGAUGCUGACGUCUUCUCAUGUCACCAUGGAGGAAUUAUUGACAGAAACACAAAGGGGACUUGGAAUAGAGUGUGCCCAGCUGGCAGUGGGGGAAGGGAGCCGGAUAACUGCGUUGGUGCCAGACGAUUGGAUCUCGAGCCUGAGCGAAGGGGGUACGCUACCGCCCUCUUGUCCCAAGCCUGAUGGGCUGACGGCCUCAGAGGUCAGUACCCUUCUGCAGAAGUCUGUGCACAGGCUCCCGGAUGGUUGGACCAAAGUGUCUAUACAAGUGGUUGUCAAGAGCUGUCUCGAUUACAGAAUAUCCUGCAUCAGGUGUGUCAAGAACUGCUUCUCAGGAUUUGAUGGCAAAUCCCCUCCAGAAUCUUUCCUGCAUUUCAUGCAAGGCGUCUGUCAUGAUAACUUCAGGAAUCAGUGGACAAAAGCCUUCGAGAAGUACGCCGCUCCCUACCGCUCUGCCACGGAAAGCAAAAAGCCACGAGCCGCUCUGACGGCAAUCAAGCACGCACUCCAAGAGCUCCAUGGCUUUAGUUGUGUUCCUGUAACUUCUGAAAGCAAUUACUCGGUUCUGUGUAUUAAAGCUGCUCACAUGCACACCUGCCCACCACAGGGCAUUAGCGUGCUGAAAGCCAAAGCCCUGGUCGAAACUUCUGACCGUCUCUUUGUUAUCAGUUCAUUUCUAGAGCACAGCCUUCAUAGCGUGGUUACAUUCAGCCCGGCGAAGCUUGCCAACAGUCACGCCAAGGUGCUGUUUGUGAUAUACCAGGUUCUGCAGGCCAUGGCACUCUGCCACAGUAGAGGCCUGACGUGCGGCGCCCUUUCCCUGCACGAUCUUGCCAUUGAUGAAAGGCUGCGAGUGCAGUUGAACCCACGGUUACCCGACUACGAGAAAUGCAAAUCUGGGCAUCGCAAAAAUGAAUCAGGAGAAAUGCCGGAGUCUGUAACGGAGGAGGUCGUUGGGCACAAAGAGUCAGAAAGUAUGGAGGAACAAAGACUCUGUGAGUCAUGUAAGAAAUGGUUAGCUACUGCUGUCACAGACUGGGUCCACGGGAAGAAGAGCAACUUUAGCUAUCUCAUGGAGCUGAAUCGCCUUGCUGGGCGCAGACUGGGAGACCCAAACUACCACCCUGUGCUUCCGUGGGUGGUGGAUUUCACCGUGCCGUUUGGAAAACUACGCGACAUGACCAAAUCUAAAUUUCGGCUGAACAAAGGCGAUGGCCAACUGGACUUUACCUACCAGAUGAACAAGGAAGCUCCCGUUACCAUGGGAGGAGGGCACAUGGAGCACCUUCACGUCCCCCAUCACAUUACCGACGUCCUGUCUGACAUCACGUAUUACGUGUACAAAGCCAGGCGGACACCCAGGGAUGUCUUGUGCAGACACGUGAGGUCAAAAUGGGAGCCCAACGAGUAUCCGGCCAGCAUGGAUCGCCUGCAGAGUUGGACACCGGACGAGUGCAUCCCAGAGUUUUACACCGACCCAGACAUUUUCCGCUCGAUCCACGCGGACAUGCCGGACCUAGAGAUCCCGGCCUGGUGUGACUCGUACAAUGACUUUAUUGAGAAGCACCGGCGACUCCUGGAGAGUCCCAAGGUUUCGGAGAACCUCCACCACUGGGUCGACCUCACAUUUGGCUACAAACUAUCAGGAAAAGAGGCAAUCAAAGCCAAAAACGUUUGUCUUCACUUGGUGGACAACCACACCCAUCUAGCAAACUUUGGUGUCGUUCAACUCUUUGACUUCCCGCACCCUCAAAGAAUGAGCCCUCGUGGUGAGUCCAUUCAGGAUCCACCGUACAUUACGCAGUCACACUCAUAUGCUGGCCAUGUCGUUAAGGACGCUGUAAUUAUUGAAAGCCAUCAAAUUCCUGACUUGGACGUCCCUGAUGUUGGAAUUGAAGGCUUGGACUGUAAAAGUGACUUCUUUGCUGCAACAUCUUCCGCACUUCCAGAUGAGGACGACGGCAGUCUGGAACAUGCAGCGGAGGCACUGGAUGCUCUGGAAGACGCAAAACGCACCGAUAGUCGAGCGGCCAUCUCAUCCAUGGCGACACCGAGCAGCAGCAGCAGCGUCUCUCUACUGCAGCUGGAACCAAUGUUUAUGGGACUCAUGAGCACUUGGAAAGUAAAACCGCAGCUCUCUGAAGGUCAGGAGCUCAGCAGUGCAAAGAUAAUUCUACCAGAAGAUUUUAAUCCACUCCAGAAUUUGGAGAGGUUGGAGGCAUUCUAUAAAUUCACAAGCGCCACGGGACAUUGUCAGCUUGAAAGGACAGAGGUGUCACAAAAUGCUUCAGACAUUGCCUUCCCUGAUUUGCUGCAAAGGGACAUGCAGGCGUUGGGUGUGCUGAUUGCAGAAAUAUUUUUCGCCCCCAAACUUAGAACGUUGACGGUGGAAGCAACUCUUGUGGAUCGGUUCAAAGCGGUGAGGAAACUCUGCAAGUCUCACAAGAAUGCUCUACCACUUCCAUUGCAGCAUGCUGUGGAGGUCUUACUGCAGUUGGACAAGGAUAUUUUUGUGGAGGAUGUUGGGCAGGGCGUGUGCAGCGCUGGAAGCCUUUUCAAUUACCCCAUGAUUCAGUCGGGUCUGCCGCCACCAUCGGCGUUGCAGCUCAUCAGCCCUCACGCGGACAUCAUUGCAUUCCCCGCGUAUUUUCCGGACCUGUACGGUUUCGUCGUGCGCUUUUACAGGGUGACUGAGAGCGGCGAUCAGAGCGCCCUGAGGGAAUUUAUCGUGGAGCUCUCCGAGGACCUUCCAAAACUCCUCGGUAACCUCACGUCGGAGGGAAUGGAGAUUCUCCUGCCGUUCCUGCUGUCACUCAUGUCUGACAAGGUUGUGGCUGUGCGAGCGAUUCAGCACCUCUUUGAGUCGGUGGCCAAGGCGCUGGGGCAGCGGAAUGCCAACAGGUUCCUGCUGAAGCCUCUCAUCGGCGUGUACGAGAGCGACUGGUCGGGCCAGGAGCGGCGCAGCAUGUACGAGGAGGCGUUUGUGCUCAACCUCAUCGCCUGCCUGGGCCUGCCGCAGUUCCUACACUCGAUCCUGAGCCACAUUGUCCACGUGGUGGCCGGCUUCGAGAGCAAGGUCUGCGCCGAGGACGAGGACGCCACCGCUGCCGCUGCUGCCGCGGGCAGCCCUGCACGCCAGGUCUUGCUCAACGUCGCAGGCACGAGUGUGAACCACUCGGAAUCCAUGGACGGAGCUCAGCCCGGGCACUUGGAAGGUGGCGGGGACAGCGAGAUGGAGGACUUCUCCGGAGGGGUGGUGCUCAACGAUCAGGUCAUGCUGGGAGAAACGCUGGACUUCACGUCGGCCGUGUACAGAGGCAGCGGGGACGAGGAUGGUGCUCAGCCGCCCCCAGCGGACGCCACCAGCAUCGGACAGGACAGCAACAAGAGCAGCGGCAGCGACGCUUCCUACGAGGUGGAGAAAGACGGCGUGAGCCUCAAGUCUGUGGACAGCGGGCACGACCUGGCAGGGGCGGAGCGGCCUGAUGGGGGUGACGCAGACCGCUCCCUUGACGAGGGAGGGCCAGGGCCGGGGGAGUGCACUGCGACGUCGUUGGCUCCCGGCGAGCUCGGUGGUGCGGUGAGCCCAGUUGAAGUGGUCGGCCACACCACCCUCGCCAAUCUGUCUGCUUCCUCGCCACUCGUGGCUGGAGAAGCAGCGGAUGGAUUGGAGCCGGGAGGGCCAGCACCGGACAGCGAGGAUAACGACAUCAAGAAGCUGAUCCGCACAGCUUGCCGGACUGUGCGCACGCUCAUUGGGAAGCUGGGACCUACGCUUGCCUCGCGCUACGUGGCGCGGAGUCUCCUGCGACUCCUCUCUACCUGCUACCUGGGCCCCGCCAAGCACCAGUUUGUGAGUGAGGGGGGAGCGAAGGAGGGCGCAGGGGGCGGCGGUGGUGGCGGUGGACGUGGUGCGGUGUACCGGGCACGCCCCGUGCUGGGGGACGGCCAUGCCGAGCCCGUCGUGCAGUGCCUUGUGCACCUCGCCUUCACCUACGGGGAGCCCGUGCUCACGCUGCAGUACAUCCCCCAUGUCGCCUAUGCCGUGGCGUCCAGCUUGGCUGGAGGCGCGCGCAUGAGCAGCCGCAGGGAGGCGAGCCUUCUGGGGGCGGUAGCCUUCACGCAGCGCCUCGUUGUCUACCUGUCCGACACCACGCUGGUGGACUGCAUGCGCCGACUCAGCCAGGAGGUCCUGCAGCCCGUGGUGAACAUCGUCACCUCCCCAUCGCUCAGCUUUCCGAGCGGUGGGCAGUGCCGUGCCGUGCUGUGCCAGAAAGCGAUGAACUUGAUGGCGCUGCUGUGCCUGCGCAUCGGCGGAGACUCGGCCCAAGUGCACAUGGCCGACGUCAUCCGCACCUUCUUCCACGGCUUCUCCGUCGCGCACAGUCUCGUCUCCCCACAGGGAGGCCCUUCAGAGUCUGGGCUCCAACCUGAGCAGGAAGACACAGGCCUAGAGGAGAUUAAAAAGGCCUUCACCUCCGAGUUGGCUUACGCUGCGUUUGUGCCGUUCGUCUGCCUGCUCGGGAAUGUGAGCGUGGAGAAAGUGAUUCCCAACCAUGAGCUGGUGACGCGCCUGAGCUUGGAGCACGAGGAGCUGCAGCGGAGUCAGCUGGAUUCCUCGCCCGGCUCCGCGACGGACAGAGAGCCGGGCGGGAGCUUCACGCAGCCCCGGGCCAGCUCCUCCUUCCAGGACAGCGAUGAGUUCGGCACCUUCGGCGGCAUCAUGAUCGGCAACCGCAUUCAGAUACCUCAAGGCUCUGCCCCAUCAGACGUGGGGCCGCUGGGCCGCGUGUCGGCGCACAGCAGCCCGCUGGCAAGCGCGGUGAGCAUGGUGAGCUCGGUGAGCUCCGAGAGCACGGUGAGCACGCCGCCGUCGCGCUCCCUGGAGGAGGAGAGCCUCGUGAAGCAGGAGCUGCGCGUGAGCGAGCGCAUGCUGGCCGGGAACUGGCUCGCCUACUGGCAGCACGACAUCGGCCUCAACCGCACGGGCGGACGCUUCAUCUUCAACCAGAUCAAGCUGCAGACGUACGUGGGGCACACGGGGAUGGUGAAGGCGCUGUGCGUGCGGCCGGACGAGGACGGCUUCCUGAGCGGAGGCAAGGACCGCACGGUGCGCCUCUGGUCCCUGUCCAACUCUGGCGAUGGCACCGAGCGGCUGCACGCGAAGCUGACGUACGGCCAGCACCGGCGCUCCGUGAGCCAGGUGGCGCACAUGGAGGGCGGGCAGCACGUGGUCAGCUGCGACGGCUCCGUACACGUCUGGGACUGCAACACAGGCUCCACCGUGGCUGUGUACGAGGCCCCCGACUCGCGGCUGAGCGUGAGCUCUCUGGCCGUGCUGCCGGUGCCGCACAACACGAUCGUGGCAGCGACGUCCGACUCCAUGCUGCGCUUCAUCGACACGCGCAAGCCCGGGAUGCAGCACGAGUUCCAGCUGUCAGUGGGAGGCGGCGGCGGUCCGGUGCGCUGCCUGGCGGUGAGCCCGCAUGGUCUGUGGGUGACGGCCGGCCUUUCCUCCGGCAUGCUCGUCAUGCUGGAUGUGCGCACGGGAUACUUCCUUCGGAUGUGGCAGGCCCACGACGGCGAGGUGUUGCAGCUCAAGGGCGUCGGCAGUAACACGUUGGUGAGCUCCUCGUCGGACCACACGCUCGCCGUGUGGAAGGCGAUGGAUGCUCGCUUGAGCCAUCUGUUCCGCAGCACCCCCGAGGCGGCGCACACCUGGGACACGCUGGCAAGCAAUGGCGCCGGGGAGGCCGGCGAGGUGAUCGCUGGCACCACCGGUAAUCGGAUAUUUGUGUACCCUCUGGGGGACUGCGCCUCAGGACCAGCCACCAAGCUGCUCCCCGAAAACUUCCGCGGGGUGCUGUCUCGCCUUGCCGUGCUCCCGUCCAAGCGGCUGCUGCUGCUGGGCUCUGACAACGGCAGCGUGAGCUUGAUGGCUUAGCUGCCCCCUUGGGACUUCCUCCCGGCCACUUAGCCCGCUCCCUGCUGCGUUUAGUAAAAAGUUAAAAGGUGCAGUCCUGCAAUUGCUUUCUCACGUCACUGCUGGCUGAAAGGUCCUCCACGAGAGGAAGCUCAAGAGAAGCCCCUUUUGAUUGUAUCUAACCGACUCUUCUCCACUGGCCAGACAUAUAGGAUGAGGUGGGGGGUACCUAGUUUACUCUACAGCACACAAGCUGUGGAUUGACGCACUGGUCGGACCAAUUUAUACUGCUGGAUGAACAGAGGUAGAGGGUUUAAUAAACUUGCACCGUUGUUUCAACUGCCGCACUGGAAGAUCGAAUCGAACCAGCGACCUCCGAAUUGCAAGUCCAAUGUGCAUUUGAAAAAUCUGUACAUAUGUUUAUACCGCCUACGCAGACUUGGAGAGACGCGUUUCCCUGGAUGAGUCCUUGCAAAUGAAUGGACCAAAUUUUGGAUCAACUUGUUUAUCUGAUUGUAUUAUUGAUGGAUUUUGUAGAUUAAAAGAUUAUGAAUAAAGUUGUUUUUAAACAUGAAGAAGGAUUUAUAAUGUACUCAAUGAAAUAAACUUUGAAAAACACAAGUUUCUGAAAAAGUCACACGAAUAAAUCUUGAAAUGUUACGCACUCUUCUCUUACAGUGUACAGCUGUUGUCAUUGAGGGUAAUUUUGGCUGAAUGUAGAAACAUUCGGCACUGGUGCUGUAGUCUAUGGGCCAAAGCAGAAUUGGAAAACCCUUGGCAGCACUAUUAAUAAUGUAGAGCCCCCUUUGUCAGUCCGCUGCUGGAUUAAGGCCUCCUAAAGCCGGGUUAUUUGACUGCGAGUCAGUGUGGGUUAGUCAAUGGGGAACCCCAAACCAGUUCAGAUAUCGCUUGCCACUGAUGUUGCCUGUCGCUGGGAAUGAAAUUAGUAAUGCAGUGUGUUAAUCACUGCACCAUCGACCCCCCCCCCCCCAAUUUGGGUCCGUCAAUAUUUACCCACAUUGAAGUAGCACGCAUGUCAUAUCGGCGACACGUUUUGUGAUAUCCAGUGGCAGCGACAGGUGACAGUGGUCGAGCCCAAUGUGCAGCAUCAGGAAGACGUAAUGUCAUCUCUCCACCAAUGUCCUAGGUUGGGCAUUUGUUUAAUAUGAAUUGAACAUUUUGCUCAAUGCUGUAAAUGUUUGUUUUUCAACAUGUUUAAGUCUCAAUAUUUUUCUGCGUAACUUGGGAAGAUGUUACUGGAGGGAUUAUUAUUUGGAGCAAUCGCUGUGCAACCUAUUUUUGCUCGUAACCUUUUCCAACACCUUUGCCAGUUGUACACUAUUGCUCUUUAAGUUGUGGUGUAGCAAUCACCCGUAUAGCACUUGAGUUACACACAUCUGGUGAUAUUGUUAAAUGUUUCCUUAUGCACCCCUAACAAAAAGUAAGUUUACAGUUAUGUAAAACGGUAAUUGCAAUGUAAAAUAACAUCAUGCUCAAUUGCAUGCCCAUGAUGUGUACACCUUUUGCUGGACAGGGAAAGCUGCCAAUGGGGGCCCUCCUUGGCUAGACUGCAACAGGGCAUUGAAAUAGUUGAGAUGUGACGCAAGACACUUUUGAGUGAGACAUUUACGCAUGCUAUAAAUGCAUAUCCUUAAGCUCGCAAUAAUGUAUUUCAAAAGGCAUGGGUAUUUCCUAAACAUGUAGCCUUAAUACUGCUGGUAGAUUAUUUCUGUCGAUGUAUUGUAAAAUUGUGAACAAAGUGCGACUUAUUACUCAACUUGAAAUGAGGGUUCAACACGGUAACUACUCAUCAUGGCUACGUUAAUGAGUAAAUUGUUGUCAUUCGAUAAUUAGUUUUAAGAAUAACGAUGCUACUCAAUUACAUUUAAGAUUGAGAACUCUACCACCGGUGGUAUUGGCAGGUCAGCAAUUGUCAGCAUUUAAGAUUGAAUCCUCCUGUGGCCCCAUCCCCUUAGUUUGUGAUUGGUUGCAGUUGAGAGAAGAUAUGGACGCUCAAAGAGAAUUGUGCCAAAAACGACCUCCCAGGAAUUGCGCAAACUGUUUUGCCGAAAGGUUUCGUCAGUGUUUUCUGCAAAUGCAAAAUCCAUUCUGCAUGAAUUGGACUUCUGGAUCAUGUUUUUUUCAGAAAGUUGUCGCUUAUUUCGGAAUGGAUUAUAGAGCAUAAGUUGCUAUUCAUCAGAUUUUGAAAGAGACUUUUAGGAUGUAUAAGGCAAAUAUAGCAGUGCUUACAUUUUAUAUUGAGACCCAACAUUGUGAGGAAAGCUGACUGGGAUGUGGAAAUGUAUAAACCAUGCUGAUAUCUCAUUGCAGAUGACAAUCACUGUAACCAUCCCACCAACCGUCACCACAGUGUGAAACAAACAUGAAGAGCAGGUGACAUGGUGUUUGCCUUUGUUGAAGUGUGCCUGCCUAAUGCCCCCUCUCAUCGUGUCGCACGAAAGAACGGUGUGAGUUGUACCCUCGACAUGUUUUCAGAGGAGUAGACAAGUUGACUUUUCAAAGUAAAAAUUGAAAUAAAAUGUCUUCUGUA